UUAAAAAAAGACAACAGUCAAGUUUCAUUACGCUUUCUCGGGUUUGCUUCUGAUUUCAUUUCCCGUCAUCCUCUCUGUUCCCUCUUUCUCUUCCUUGUACUGUCUUCGUGAGGACGGUCACACUCAUCGGCAAAAUGGCUGCCCUUAGGCCUCUUAUCAAGCCCAAGAUCGUCAAGAAAAGGACGAAGAAGUUCAUCCGCCAUCAGUCUGAUCGCUAUGUCAAGAUCGCGAAAAACUGGCGUAAGCCCAGAGGUAUCGACAACAGGGUCCGCAGGCGCUUUAAGGGCCAGAUCUUGAUGCCCAACAUCGGCUACGGUAGCAACAAGAAGACCAAGCACAUGCUGCCCUCCGGGUUCAGGAAGUUCCUGGUGCACAACGUCAAGGAGCUCGAGGUUCUCCUGAUGAGCAACAAGACGCACUGCGCAGAAAUCGCCCACAACGUCUCGUCCAAAAACAGGAAGGUGAUUGUGGAGCGGGCGGCCCAGCUGGCCAUUAAGGUCACCAACCCGAACGCCCGCCUGCGCAGCGAGGAGAACGAGUGAUCUGCCCACUCGCUCAAUAAAGUCUAUUUACAACUUC